GUACAUCAGUUAGCUCUAUAUAAAUACGUAGAUGGAGAAUCGAAAAGUUUAGUAGUGCAUUGUAGUAAACCCAACACACUAAUUAAGCUAGCAAUACUAAUAUGGCUUCUUCAGAAUCAUUAGUCAUCGUGUUCUUCUUCUUGCUGCAGCUUAUUGUAACCACUGGACCUCCAUUAUUCUUCAGCAAAGCGCUUGCAAUAACUAUGGCGCCGCCGCCACCUGAAAACGUAACAUUUGGUAAUAGAAGAACUUCUUCAGCUGUCUUCGCCUUCGGGGACUCGAUUCUUGAUACCGGCAACAACGAUCAUAUCGCAACUUUGAUAAAGUCCAACUUCCCUCCCUACGGAAGGGAUUUUCCGGGAAGAAUCCCCACCGGUAGAUUCUCCGAUGGAAGGCUUAUUUCGGACUUCAUAGUUGAAAAUUUGGGAAUAAAGCAUUUUUUGCCACCUUAUCUCGAUCCGAGUCUUCAAGCUGAGGAUCUCACAAUGGGAGUGUGUUUUGCUUCUGCUAGCUCUGGCUAUGACCCCAAGACACUAAAGAUAUUAGUAAUGACUUUCCUUACUUCAAGUUAACCCUAUGAGAAAAGUGGCUUUUUGCAACAACAAAAAAGAGCAUAUUUUUAUAUGUUAUUUCUAACUAUGAGUUACGUUGUUUGAAAUAUGUAUAUCAGUCGGUUCUAUCUGUUCCGGACCAACUCAAUCUCUUCCGACAGUACGUGGGGAAGUUGAGAAGCCUAGUGGGAGAGAAGAGAUCAAACGACGUCGUUAAAAACGGCCUUUACGUAAUCUCAUCGGGCAACAACGACGUCUUAUUGACCUCUUUGUUUCACAGCACAAGAAAGUCAUCGUCGGAAAUGGCUACAUACGCUGCCUUUCUUGCCGGCCAGGCUUCCGCCUUUCUCAGGCAACUGUACGGAUUGGGAGCUCGAAAGAUCGUUCACCUGAGUGCAUUAACGACUGGAUGUAGCCCCGCGUUCAGAACUUUGCUCGGCGGAGUACAGAGGCAAUGUUCCGACGAGUGCAACGAGCUGGCCGUGAUGUUCAACGAGAAGCUUGGCCACGAAAUUCAGCGACUUAACGACGACGUUUCGCUUCCUGACUUGAGCGUCCAGUUUGUUGACGUGUACACGCCUUUGUUAGAUAUCAUUAGGCGUCCUGAAAAUUAUGGGUUUGUCGUAACGAAGGAAGGGUGCUGCGGGACAGGAACUAUAGAGUUUGGAUUUCUUUGCAACCGAUUGAGCCCUUCAACUUGUGCCGAUACUUCAAAGUACAUUUUUUGGAAUGGCCUUCAUCCCACGGAAAAGGCCUAUAAAAUCUUAACUUCCGUAAUCAUGAAAGACAUAAAGAAGCUAUUAUAUUGAAAUCUUAUGUCACAUCUCAAUGGUUUGUCUGAUUUCUCAUUCG